AUGCCAACAGAGGAUUCCUUCAACGCGAUUUCAGUGGAUUCUUUUGGACACCAGAGCGAAUCUCAACAUCAGCAGCCGGAAAAACGAGCAAGAACUGCAGCAGGAUCCUCCUCAACCCUGGCUUCAUUCAAACCAGAUCAUCACCACGCCACACCUGAAACACUGGGAGGCAUCUCCGACAAUGGCCCACUUGAUAGUUUGCCAUCCACCGUGAACGAGAACUACCAACCCUUAAGCACGGAACAUACCGAGCUUGAGGGCUUGUGGGAUAUGGAUAUUGACUUGAAUUUCUUUCCGAGCUUGUUUGACCUUGGGUCCGGAGUUGAAUGGAACGAGGGCCAUCACUCUGCACCGAAAGAGCCUGAACAAUUUGCAGCCAGAAUUAUUGGGCCUCUCACGCCCUUGACACCCGCGGCGGUGGCUGAAAUCUACAAUGGCAGUCGGUCACCGGUUCUAGAAGAAGAGGCCAUGGAACCGCGGCAAUACCAACCGAGUUCCAUAUACAUUGAUGCUCAGUUGUCGUUUCCUAAUACGGAGGAGAUUGCCGCAGAGGAAGUUGAUCAAGAGGAUUUGGCUCAUGUCCCCGCAGUCUCUCAAUCUGCCAUCAACCAGAUGACUCAGUUGGCGUUGACCAUUGAAACCAAAUCGACGUAUCCGCCAUUCAUCGAGAUAAAGAUACCACCGGCCCCAAUAAUAAAUGCCUGGGUGCAGCUCUACUUUGAGCACUUUCAUCCAGUGUUUCCCUUUCUCCACAAGCCCUCCUUCGGAAACCGUGACACCCAUUGGCUGCUCAUAUUUGCCGUUAGCGCAAUUGGAGCUCAGUUCUCUGGGCUCCCUCACUCGCAAGAUUGCUCCAGAGCUAUGAAUGAGAUGGUUCGACGUGCAGGAUCAUACCUGUGCGAAAAUCACAACCAAAAUGGUCGCGAGCUCUGGCUGUUACAGGCUGUGCUGUUAAAUCAAUUAGCUCUGCGAUAUUCCGGAGAACGGAGGGCUCUGGAACUUGCCGAACUUUUACAAGCACUACCCAUCAUGUUAGCUCGUCGGAAACGAUUGUUCACAACUUAUUUGCCGCAUGAACGAGUCUCUCACCUUGACUUACCGCUGGACCAGAAAUGGCAGAUUUGGGCUAUUGAUGAGGAGAGGCGACGAACAGGCUUUGGUAUCUGGGUAAGUUGA